UGGCCGGGCAUUCCUUUUCAUACCCACGCCAGAUCCACACAUUACUGGUUAGAAGUAUGGACCCAGAAGAAGCAAGAACUGCUCGGGAAUCGUUAGACCUGGCAUUCCAUAUGUCAAACAUUCUUGACACGGGCCUGGACCGUCACACUCUUUCUGUUUUAAUUGCUCUGUGUGACCUGGGUGUCAAUCCGGAGACACUUGCUGCUGUCGUCAGGGAACUGAGAAGAGACAAGGCUUCUCCAACUCAGCCAUCAUCCUCCCUGCCCGCACAAGCGUCAUCUCUGCCCUAAAUGAGCUUUAACAUUCGUUUUUCCGUUUUGCCUAUGCAUUGGGUUUCCUUUAGGAUCCGUGCGCAAGCAUGAUUAUUAGUUUAUAUUUUGAGCGUACAAAAACCAGCCAGGUGUUUA